CAUUCAUUAUUUUCUAUCGACCAAGGCGAAUUCGCCUUGCGAUAGUCUAUUAAAAAUUUUAAUAACAGUGUUUUGUGAAGAUGAAAGAAAGCUUCGUAAUUGUUUCUGGGGCUCCUACUCAUAUAAUUACUUGGGGUCGUUGGAUCGAGGAAUCUAUAGAAGAUGUACCAGAAAUUGUGUUAUGUAUUCCAGGCAAUCCGGGCCUGGUAGGUUUUUAUAUCGAAUUUCUAAGCUCUUUGUACGAUCAACUGGAACAAAAAAUUCCUGUUUGGAUAAUUGGUCACUCAGGUCAUGAAGAACCAUCGGAGAAUAGCAAAAUAGCGGUGCCCUACCUUAAAGGAAAUGAAAAUAAAUUUGACCUAGAUGGCCAGUUACAACAUAAAAAAGAGUUUAUUCAGCGCUUUGUUCCAACUAACGUGAAAAUUCAUCUUGUUGGUCACUCAAUUGGAGCGUGGAUGGUCUUACAAUUAUUAGAACAUGCAAAUAUUCGAGAGCGGAUAAAAAAAUGUUAUCUUCUAUUUCCAACGUUGGAGCGUAUGCUUGAUUCAUCAAAUGGCUGGAAUUUUAGCAAAAUUGGCGUGCCAUUGUACACAACACUUGGUUUUCUAAUUCCACUAUUUAAUCGUUUGCCGAAAGUUAUGCAGACAUUCGCUGUACAAUUUUAUUUUUGGCUCUUAAACAUUCCGAAAUCAUUUAUUGAUACUGCUUUAGAGUACUGUAAAGCUCCGGUGAUGGAGAAAGUCAUAUUUUUAGCGAAAGAUGAAAUGAGUCGUGUACGAGAUUUAGAUAGGCACUUAAUUGAAAAACAUUUGGCCUUGUUGAAGCUGUAUUAUGGAACAACGGAUGGUUGGGUACCAGUUGAAUACUAUAAUGAAUUAUGUGCCCAAUUUCCUGAGAUUGACGCUGAAUUGGAUAAAGAAUGCAUAAAUCAUGCAUUUGUCUUGCGACAUUCAAAACCUAUGUCUCGUAUUGUAAGCAAAAUGAUCAAAAGGUAUUCUGAAAUAAACUAGUUGACCAUGAACUACAGUCGGAACUACGUGAAUUUAUAUCCGGGCAAGGACUGUCACUUCAGCUGCAUUCCUCGUAUAAGUAUGCUACAACAACAACAACCAUAAACUACACUUCUAUAAAAGCAAUAAUUCGCCAUUUUUUCAACAAGAGGCAUUAUAGAUUUUACCGAGGACGUGCCUUGCAACAAGCUUGCCUAAGCAAUCAUACAUUUUUAUUCUUAUUUUCGAGCAGUUGGACUUGGGAUGUUGGACUUAAGCUUAAAAUAUUGCUAAAAGUAUGUGCGUUAUUUUUUCAAUUUGUUCAAAAUUUAUUACUAAUGAGUUUCCAUAUGUAGAUUUUUAAAUUUUUUGAUUUUCAACUAUGGUAAAGAUUUACCACAGAAAUAUCACAAGGAAAUACAAAUAAUUCAA